AUGUUGAAGGAAACCGUGGAAUAUUUAGAAGCCCAAAAGAAAGUAGACGAGAAUUAUACAUACGAAAUCAUUGUGGUUGAUGAUGGAAGUAGAGACAAUACAAUUGAUGUUGCCCUGGAAUUUGCAAAAACUUCACCCGAAGCGGAUAUCCGAGUACUUGCUUUAGACAAGAAUAGAGGAAAGGGUGGUGCUGUUACUCAGGGUGUAUUGGCUGCACGUGGCGAGUUAUGUCUCAUGGUAGAUGCGGAUGGUGCAACACAAUUCUCUGACCUUGGUAAACUUGUGAGUGAAAUUAAAAUGAUUGAAAAGGACGGACAAGGUGUCGCUAUUGGAUCUCGAUCUCACUUAGUUACCACUGAAGCAGUUGUAAAGAGAUCUUUUGUUCGAAAUUUUUUGAUGCGUGGAUUUCAUUUACUUGUAUAUAUACUUGGUAUUCGUGGAGUCGAAGAUACACAAUGUGGAUUUAAAUUAUUUACACGUAAAUCAGCUCGAAUUAUAUUCCCAAACAUGCACGUUGAAAGAUGGAUUUUUGACAUUGAAUGUCUCAUGAUUGCCCAAAUCCAGAAAAUACCCUUGGCUGAAGUUCAAGUCACUUGGCAUGAAAUCGAUGGCUCAAAAGUGAAUUUAAUGAUGGAUUCUAUCAAUAUGGCUAUUGAUCUAUUCCUCAUCAGACUUAAUUACGUGCUUGGAUUUUGGUCUGUCAAAUCCUAA